CAUGAUUCAUUCGUUCAUUUCGUUCUUUCAGGUUACGGCGUACGCCAUUUUAGACGUUUCUCGGCGCUUUUGAGCCAUAAAUAUUGAAGUAAUUUACCAUGGGUCACGCUAACAUCUGGUAUUCUCACCCCCGCAAAUACGGACAGGGAUCCCGCUCAUGCCGGGCCUGCUCCAACCGUCAUGGACUUAUCCGUAAAUACGGCUUGAACAUCUGCAGACAGUGCUUCAGGGAGUACGCUCACGAUAUCGGCUUCAAGAAGCUGGACUAAAUGGAGCUAUUCAAUAAUGUUAAGGUAUAAUACAUUAUAAAAUCCA